AAGCAAACAAGUCCCUUCACUGGCAGUACCCUGGUAUGGAUCUGUCACUGGCCUGGACGGCAACCUUGGAGCAUCUGUCUUCACUGAGAGCCUUCCUGCAUGCAAAAGCGCGGCUUGCUCGCAGACACAGAGGUGAAUGCUGGAUUCACCUUCCAACCCCCUGCCCCGUGCCCCCUCGACCUGCUUUGGCUGCCUUUAAUCAACGCAGCGUCGUCGUUCGCAACAACAAACAAACCAACGACACCAACCACAUCCCUCUCAGCAGCAACUCAGCAGCUGCGACAACAAGAACUUCGACCUCACUUCCAAAUCCUUCAUCAUCACCAUCAACGGCCAGCAAGAUGCCUUCGACUUCCGCUCAACUCCGCAACACCUUGCGCGCCCACCUCCCUCGCGCUGGCUUCCUCUGGCCAGACCGCGACACUCUGAUGUCGCGUGAGCGUCAGGACAUCGCGGUCCGCAAUGCCCUCCGUGACCACGGAGGCGUCACCCUGCUUCGCGCCGAUGCGCGCGAGAACGCUCGUCGCGAUGUCGAGCUGGCCUUUGUGGCCAUGUUCGAGACUUCUCGUGCGGACGCCGCCGCCGGCCGCACCGACGAUUUCGACACCGCUCUGGACUGGUUGGGUGACCUGCGCCGUCGUCUGUCGUGGGGAGAGUUCAUCGAUGAGGAUACCUUCAUCGAUCUGUUCCUCCGGAUCGGCCGCGCGCGUAAAGACUGGCACGCCAAACCCCGCGAGCCCUUCAACAUCAAGGAGCACGGCGCCCUCGCGCACGCCGUUGACGCGUUCUACGCCGCCGCUAGUGACGAGUGGCUAGACGCCGACGAGGAGCUGUUCCGCGGUGUGUUGCCUCCGGCGAUCGAGCCCGUUCGGAAGGCGACGGGGUCAGCGCCCCAAACUCAGGGCACGGGCGCUGACGAGGACAUCGAGAUGGGCGGCGGUCCGGUUGAGGAGGUGCGCGAGCGCCUCGCUCGCAUCGAAAUUGGGGAGGAUGAGGACAUCGAGAUGGAGGAUUAGUGAUACAUAGAUCAGAGGGCACACCCAAGACCCCUCGUAUUGAAUGACCA